AUGGUAUCAUCAAAUGAUCUGUUCUCAUAAAUCCAAAUUUCACUUUUUUUUUUUUUCAAAUUUCCGUCUCUUCUUCUUAAAAAAAUUGUGUUAUAACUUUAUAUUUGAUUGAUGUAAUGGACAAUGAAAGGUUACAUUAUUUGCUUGUAAUGCAUGAAGGAAGAUGGAGUUUUAACGAUUCAAAGUAUAAAGGAUUGGUUACUGCAAUAUCAAAACAACUGAAGAUUGAUAUUAAUUCAAUCAAAAUUGAGAUUAAGGUUGAUAUUUCAACCAACAAGUUUAAUGCUACCAACCAUCGUAUGAGAUAUAGUGCGUUACUUUGGGAUUAUGCUCGAAAAAAGCAAGAUGAUGGCGUGAUAAGUAAAAGUGAGGUGACUGGCAAUGUUACGAGCAGACGCAAUGGUCCGAAGAUUUUGAGAGACAUUGUUAGUUCAACUGUCCCUAAAAAAAUAAGGCAUACAUAGACAUGAAUAUUGUAUUUUAAUAUUUUUUGGUGUUUAUUACUGUUGUCUUCUAUGAUUGUUGGUAUGAACAAAGUUUUGUUUUGGUAUUUAAGCAGUUUUUAUUCAA